AUGGAAAAUGUAAAUGAAUGUGAGCGAGGUGAGCAUAACUGCCACCGUAAAGCUAUUUGCAUGAACUUGGAAGGGUCAUUUGAAUGUCGAUGUCAAGAUGGAUAUGAAGGAGAUGGAACUGAUUGCCAAAAAAUGGGAGGUGAAGAUGAAAAACCUGAUGGGAGAUCGCCUGAAGGGGCAAAAAAUUGUCGAGAGCAUCAAGACUGUCAUCAGUGGGGAGAAUGUGUUUUUGGAGAGAAUGGAGAAGCUGGUUACUGUAAGUGCCGUGGAUGGUAUGUCGGGGAUGGUGUACAUCACUGUGGACCACCUGCAGAGACUGAAAUCAAGCAAGUGGUUAUUGAAGAUUCUCAGCCAGGACAAAUUGAACAGACAUGCGCAGGUUAUAAAUGUCAUGAAAAUGCCUACUGUGACGUUUCUUCAGGACACGAGCGUUGUGUUUGUCAAAAUGGUUAUUACGGAAAUGGCAUCAGUUGUGUAAUUCACGUGAACCACCGGUCAGAUUCAAACGUUUCUAUCGAUCGGCUGUGUCGCUCACAUGAAGAAUGUGUAGAGCAUAGCAGUUGCAUGUAUAGAAAUGAAUUCGGUGAAUAUCGUUGCACAUGUAUGCCGCCAUAUACGAGUAAUGGCGUCACGUGCGUGAAAUUAACGCAAGAUAGCAAUUCUAGUCUGGACUAUACGGAAGACGACUACUGUAAUGUAGUCAAUAAUUGUGACACAAAUGCUGACUGCAUCUUCGAAGUAAAUGAUGUCGGUGAAGUUACGUAUAGAUGUCGAUGUCGUAUGGGAUUCUUAGGUGACGAUAACUUGCUAGGAUGUGGUCAGUUAAGUAGUUGUGAUUCCAAUGCUGAAUGUGUGCUUGAUGAAUCUACUGGCGACCAGUACUGCCAAUGCUUGCAUGGUUUCGACGGUGAUGGUUACACGUGCAAAGCAGUGGAACAGCAUCCAAUUUUGGCAUCUGAGAUGCCAUCUGAAAUAAGAGCUAAAAUUUUUUUGGGUACAUUUAAAGUUACAGAAACGGGAGACGUUAAAACAUGUCGUGAAGCAAGUGAUUGUCAUGCGAAUGCUCAUUGCGUAGUACAAGAUAAUUCAUUAGAUUAUACUUGCAAAUGUUUACCCGGCUAUCACGGAGAUGGCGUCACGAGAUGUACCAUUGCAGAUGAUUGCACGCCAAGUGAUACCAGAUCAUGUCAUGAAAAUGCCCAGUGUAUGUUUGAUGAGGUUGAAGGUGCAUAUCUUUGCAAAUGUUCGCAAGGAUACAUUGGUAAUGGACGAGUAUGCACCGCAAGUCAUUCCACGACAUGUAAUGAACAACCAUCACUUUGCCAUCAGAAUGCAGAAUGCAUAUUUGAUUACAGUGAAGGGCGAUUUAAAUGCACUUGCAUGGAUGGUACGAUUGGCGAUGGAUAUACGGAUUGUCGGAAAGAAGAAGAAUCACAUUAUUGUGGCAAAUGCUCGUCUCACGCACGAUGUAUACACGUACACACAGAUAAUUCUUGGCGAUGCAAAUGCAUCCCAGGUUAUGUUGGAAACGGACACAUGUGCAUACCAUAUACAAGCUGUUUGGAUGAUCGAUCAUUGUGUGAUGAACACGCCGAAUGCGUGCCAAACGAAUAUGGUCACUAUGUUUGCAAUUGUCACUAUGGAUAUCAUGGAAACGGUCGAAUCUGUGCACCCGAUAGCGAGAGUCGUGAAGAAACAUUAUUUAUUUGUCGUGGCAUGACAAUAGUUCAGCGAAGUACCAAUCCUGAUUUGCCUGGAAAACAGCUUAUUGUGGUUCCACACCAAAUCGCUGUCGGAAUAGAUUUUGACUGCCAAGAGGAGCGAAUCAUUUGGAGUGAUAUCGCUGGUCAUUCAAUUAUGUCUGCAUCGAUAAAUGGCACCGAUGAAAAGAAAUUCUUAGAUUCCGUCCUAAAAAGUCCAGAAGGUGUAGCCAUUGAUUGGUCUUCACGUAAUGUUUACUACACGGACUCAGUGAAGGACGUUAUCGGCGUUGCUAGUCUAGAUGGAAGGUAUCAUAAAACAUUGAUCAAUGAAGGAUUAGUGAAUCCACGUGCAUUGGCUAUUGACCUCAAUGAAAGGUAUUUGUACUAUUCUGAUUGGUAUCGUGAAAAUCCCGUCAUUGGGCGAGUACGUUUGGAUGGCACUGAGAUUUCAGCAUUUAUUACUACAGAUAUUAAUUUACCAAAUGGUCUUGCAAUGCUCACAGAACGACGUGAACUAUGUUGGGUUGAUGCUGGCUUGCAGCAAUUAUCGUGUAUUAACGUGAAUGGACAAAAUCGCCGCAUAGUUUACGCACCGCUUCAGUAUCCAUUCGGAUUAACUGCUCAUAAUGAGCAACGCUUCUACUGGACAGAUUGGAGCGACAACAAAAUUCAUUCUGUUUCAAUUUACGGCAAAGAUUAUAAAACAUUUGCAACAACAAUAGGUGGUUCUGGACGAUUGUAUGGAAUCAUUUCUGUACCUCUUCAAUGUAAAGGACUUGCUACUACAUGUGCUAUAAACAAUGGAGGAUGUGAGUAUUUGUGCUUACCUGGAAAGAAUGAUAUUACUUGUGCUUGUCCGGAUAAUGUUAAUCGGUGCUAAGC